CCCGCGUUGGGCACGUCGAUCUGCUCCCAUUGCCGCUGGCGCCAGCCCGGGCGGAUCAAUGGCCACGGGGAACCGAGCGCUUGUCUGGAGAGAGUGCCAGCUGCCGUGGCUAAGGCCAGCGAUCACUGCGCUGUCUAGCACUGAGCUACACAAAGAUCCUCGCCUGGAUGAACAUCAGUUCGUCGCGCCAUCGCCAUCAUCUCUCCGCCACUUUCUGCAUGCCAUCCAGAAAUCUCGCAGCUGGCAGACCCUCCAGCUCGCCUAGCUAGAGGCCCCUCUGGCUGCGAGACAGCGCGCUUGGCGUCAUCAAUCGCCAUCGG